GCUUGAAAGUCGGAGUGAUCAGGUGCCAGUGUCCAGAAAACCCAGUGUCGAUCGAUCGCGCGACUCCUUGAAAACCCAAAAAGCGUUUGUCGGCUCGCCUUGGCUCUUUAAUUGCGUCACUAAUGAGCUGCAUUUAUGUUAAUCUCCGCGCCCGGGACGUCUAAGCGCUGCACGAUCCAAAGAUCUCUGGGAUUGGGGAUCGAUCCCAUCUCCAUAUCUCCAUCUCGGUCGGCGUUCGGCACUUCUUUUGCUUUUCUUUUUUGGUAGUUUUCACCUGCUGAGCCGUUUAUGGGUAUUGCCGCAAUUCCGUUGUGACAGUCGGAGGCGCUUUAUCAUAAAUUAAAAAAUCGUGUAGUUGCCGAGGGACGGACAACUGACCCAUCGGACGGACAUUCUCAUACCCCGCCCCCACAGAAAAAAAAAACUUGGAUUCCCACUGAUGGAUGAUGAUGCCGCUGAUGGCAGUUUCGGGUCUGAGUUAUGGCCGGGCCAAGUCCGGAGAUUUGCAUGAAUGAAACGCACGCGCUGAUAAACGACCCAAAGCUGAAGCUAAAGCUGGACCCGAAGCUGGCCAUCUCCGCCGCCUGGUGAUCCGAUCUCGCGAUGACUUAAUUGAAACGCCGCUGGCCGAACCGUAGCAGAAGGUGUUAAUUAGCAUACGAACAAAUGGACAAAAACUCUGUUGUAUUUUUGUUGUAGUUUUUUUUUUCGUAUCGUACGCCCGAGUAUUUUCGGUUUCGGUCACUUACUGAGUGCUGCCGUCUGCGCUUUUCGGUUCAUUAAUAACAACAAAACGGAUCACAAAAGCCUCUGCUAACUUUACCAAUAGAAGAAGAGUUUCCCUUGGUCUGGGUUCGUCUCGCAUGGCAUCGGUUUAUGGGUAAACAGUCAGCCCUUUGGAAUAGUGGAAAUCGGAGACGGAGACGUAGACUGGCGGGGCAGCAGCAUUAUUAUUUGUGCAAAGCUCAGCGAAAGGAAAUUAAGCCUCGAACGUAUUGAGACUUUUAGUGCGAAUAGAAUAUGAUGAUAGUGGCCAGCUGCUGGUGGGCUCGUAUUCGUGUUGUGUGCCGCGGAUUUGCAUCGUCAUGUGGAAAAUACAUAACAAGCUCUUAAUCUACAUACUCUGGAUUAUGGAAAUAAGAUUAGUGUCCAGCUUUACAUCCGCCAUGCUCUGCGGCCGGAUACCGGGCCUGACGCUCGGCCAGCGUCACAUGUGCGGCGAGAUGCCAGAAGCCCUGAUCGCCCUGGGCGAGGGCCACCAGCUGGGCGCCCAGGAGUGCCAGCAGCAGUUCCGUGGACACCGCUGGAACUGUUCCAAGGUGUGGCAGGCCAAUGUCUUUGCCCAUGUUAUACCCACAGCUUCGCGUGAGGCAGCCUACACCUAUGCGAUAGCCAGCGCCGGAGCUGCUUAUGCGGUGACUGCCGCCUGUGCCCGCGGCAACAUCUCCACCUGCGGCUGCGAUGUGCGUCACAAGUCUGCGCCAGCUGCUUCAGGCGGAGGAGCGCCCGACGAGCCCUGGAAAUGGGGCGGUUGCUCUGCAGAUGUGGACUUUGGGAUGCGGUAUGCGCGAAGAUUCAUGGAUGCCCGGGAACUAGAGCGCGAUGCCCGCACCCUGAUGAAUCUGCACAACAAUCGGGCGGGGAGAACGCUGGUAAAGAAGAUGCUGCGCACGGACUGCAAGUGCCAUGGCGUCAGCGGGUCCUGCGUGAUGAAGACCUGCUGGAAGAGCCUGCCGCCCUUUCGCCUGAUUGGCGACAAGCUCAUGACAAAGUAUCAAAAAGCCAAAACUGUUCAAGCCGUCAAAGGCAAACGUGGACUGAGAUUAGUAUUAAGCAGAAAGAAGCAUACCGGUGCCGCUCGUGCCCAGAAACCGGUUCUCGACUGGCCCAAGCGCAUGGAGCUGGUGUAUCUGGAGGCUUCGCCCAACUACUGCGAACGCAGCCUUCAGUCGGGCAGCCAGGGGACUGGCGGUAGGAUUUGCCAGCGGAAUGGCCAUGGUCCUGGCAGCUGUGACCUGCUCUGCUGCGGACGUGGCCACAACACACAGCACAUCCGGCGGAGCAGGCAAUGUCACUGCCAGUUUCGUUGGUGCUGUGAGGUCAAGUGCGAGGAGUGCGACGAGAGCUACGAGGAGUUCACCUGUAAAUAGACGGGAAAGGGGCCAGGCUGCCGCUAUUGCUAGGGGGGCUAUGUCAUAGGAAAUGCGUUACUUAAGUAUUAUGAGAAAUGUAUUACACUCACAAACACAAAUGACACCACCAUAAACACACACACAUAUAUACAAACACACACAUUCCAGAAUAAAGAGUAACAAGU